GUAACAGGAGUGCGGUCCAAGUGAGCGAACAAAGACCCUCGCGACGGCCAACACAAAAAACCCUAGUUCGCGAACGCCUGCCUCUCUAUCGUAGUUACAUUUCACUCGUGUAUCUUCGGGCCUUACAGGAUGGAAGGCUCUGCCGAUGAGGCUGCGAAAGGAGUAGCUGCCCUAGCAAUGGAAGGCUCUGAUUCCGGACAACAGAUGAGCAAGAACGCACUCAAGAAGGCAGAGAAGAACCUGAAGAGGGAAGAACAGAAGAGGCUCAAAGAUGAGAUGAAGGCGAAGAAGGAUGCUGAAAAGCCCAGCUCCCAGGCUCAGAAAUCUGCUGCUGCUGAUGACGAUAAUAUGGAUCCAACGCAAUACUUUGAGAACAGGAUAAAGUAUCUUGGAACCCAGAAGACCGAAGGGAAGAAUCCGUAUCCUCACAAGUUCUUUGUUACAAUGUCAAUUCUAAACUACUUGGAAAAAUAUGAAGGCUUAAGUAAUGGAGAGCAUCUUGAGGAUAUCUCAGAAUCCUUGGCUGGGCGAAUUAUGAGUAAACGAUCUUCCUCCUCAAAGCUGGUCUUUUACGAUUUACAUGGUGGAGGUGCUAAAGUUCAAGUUAUGGCUGAUGCAAGCAAGUCGGGCAUGGAUGAAGUUGAAUUUUCUAAGUUCCAUGCCAGUGUCAAGCGUGGAGAUAUUGUUGGUGUUACAGGGUUUCCAGGAAAAACUAAAAAAGGGGAGCUGAGCAUUUUCCCGAGAACAUUCAUAGUUUUAUCCCAUUGUCUGCACAUGAUGCCAAGGCAAAAAGCUGCUCCUGCUUCUGAGAAUGCCAAUAUGAAGAAAAUGAAUGCAUGGGUCCCAGGAAGUACCCGUAAUCCUGAAACAUAUAUUUUAAAAGAUCAGGAAACAAGAUAUCGUCAACGCUAUUUGGACUUGAUGUUGAAUGGGGAAGUUCGACAAAUAUUCAAAACAAGAUCAAAGAUAAUUUCAUAUGUUAGGAGAUUUCUUGACAACCUAGAUUUUUUGGAGGUUGAGACACCUAUGAUGAACAUGAUUGCUGGUGGUGCUGCUGCCCGUCCUUUUGUGACUCAUCACAAUGAGCUAAACAUGAAGCUUUACAUGCGUAUUGCACCUGAACUCUAUCUGAAGGAGCUUGUUGUUGGUGGACUAGACCGUGUUUAUGAGAUUGGGAAACAAUUCAGAAAUGAGGGCAUUGAUUUGACGCAUAAUCCAGAGUUCACCACUUGUGAGUUCUAUAUGGCUUUUGCAGACUACGACGACUUGAUGGGUCUCACUGAGAAAAUGUUAAGUGGUAUGGUUAAGGAGCUUACAGGUGGUUAUAAGAUAAAAUAUCAUGCAAAUGGCCUUGACAAGGAUCCAAUUGAGAUUGACUUCACUCCCCCAUUCAGGAGGAUUGAUAUGAUAGAAGACUUGGAAAAAGAGGCCAAUCUUAAUAUACCAAAGGAUUUGUCAAGUGAGGAAACUAAGAAGUAUUUGGCAGAUGCAUGCUUAAAGUUUGAUAUCAAAUGCCCCCUUCCUCAAACAACAACUCGCUUAUUGGACAAACUUGUUGGGCACUUUUUGGAAGAAAAGUGUGUUAACCCAACUUUCAUCAUUAACCAUCCGGAGAUAAUGAGUCCUUUGGCAAAGUGGCAUAGAGAUAGACCUGGCCUCACUGAGCGGUUUGAAUUGUUUAUCAACAAACAUGAGCUUUGCAAUGCAUAUACCGAAUUAAAUGAUCCUGUAGUUCAACGCCAGAGAUUUGCUGAACAACUAAAGGAUCGACAAUCUGGUGAUGAUGAGGCCAUGGCCUUGGAUGAAACAUUUUGCACAGCUCUCGAGUAUGGUUUGCCUCCAACUGGUGGGUGGGGAUUGGGCAUCGAUCGGCUUGCCAUGAUAUUGACUGAUUCUCAGAAUAUCAAGGAAGUUCUUCUCUUUCCUGCCAUGAAACCCCAAGAUGAACCACCUGCUAAAGCAACCGAGUGAUUUUCGAUUGGCUAAAGCUUGCUGUCUGGCUUCAGUGACCGAACUUUGCUCUCAAUUACAGACUAGCCUCUGAAAUAUCCUGCCCAGCUUUAUUAUUGGCGUAUCAUAUUCUCUUGCUUCAUUUUCAUCUAUGAUGAAAUUGUUUACUGGUGCAAAUUACCAAGAACUGAGUGAUUAAAAGAUACCGAAUGGUUUAGUCUGCCUUACCUUGCAUAUUGAUUAGGCAAUCUCAAUAUUAAUCCUUGCGGGAGGAAAUAUUUGGUUGUAGAUUAUGUGGCAUGGUGAGGUUUUAUGGCUAAUAGGUGAUGUCAUCAGAUUCGAACCAACUCUUAGUUGAUUUGAGUUAUUUGCAUGGUUUUUUGGUAGUCAUGAAUUUGAGACAAUUUUUGGAUUGACCCAAUUUAUAUUACUCAAUUUAAUUUUUUA